AUGGGUAUGGAGAUCAAAGUUUGGUGUCUCUCAUGCAUAAUCUUUGGCAUCUUCUUCGUCUUCCAUGGUGAUUCCGCCAUUGUUGAACAGAACCCAGAUAGAGAAAGCUUGGUUUCCUUCAAAAACUCACUUCUAAACAAGCAUAUUCUCUCCACAUGGAACCACAACACCCGACAUUGUCAAUGGGAAGGUGUUUCAUGCCAACAUAAUCGAGUCACAAUGCUCGUUCUCUCACAACAAUCCCUCCAUGGCCCUCUCCCGGACUCCCUCUUCUCUCUUUCCAACCUCAUUGUCCUCGACCUCUCUUCCAAUCAGUUUUCCGGCGAGCUUUCACCUAAAAUAUCCAGUCUCCGGAAACUACGUGUGUUGGAUUUGGGGAAAAACCAGUUUUCCGGCAAGAUACCGAUGGAACUAGGGGAGCUGACUCAGUUGCGAACGCUUGAGCUUGGACCCAACUUUUUUUCCGGCGAAAUACCUAAGGAGAUUGGGAAGUUGUUAAACCUUGAGUCUCUCGACCUCUCUUCCAACUCACUCACCGGAACAAUGCCGCCGGAGCUUGGAAACCUCCAUAGACUCCGAUCACUUGGGCUUGGUAACAAUUUUCUUUCAGGUUCUCUCUCUCCCACUCUCCUCACUAACCUGAAAAACCUAAUUUUUUUGGAUGUUGCUAAUAACACCCUCUCCGGCCAUAUUCCCCCUGAAAUCGGAAUUCUCUCAAACCUCACUGAUCUUUUCAUCGGAAUCAACCGUUUCUCCGGUGUGUUUCCACCGGAAAUCGGAAAUCUUUCGAAAUUACAGAAUUUCUUCUCUCCUUCUUGCUUAAUAAAAGGCCCAUUGCCGGAAACAAUCGCAAACCUCAAAUCUCUAUCGAAACUUGACCUUUCUUACAACCCCUUGAAGUCUCCUAUCCCAAAAUCCAUCGGACAGCUACAAAAUUUAUCAAUCCUAAACCUCGUUUACUCCGAACUCAAUGGUUCAAUACCUAGCGAGCUUGGAAACUGUAGUAAUCUCAGAACAUUGGUUCUUUCUUUCAAUUCAUUAACUGGGACCUUGCCGGAAAACCUAUCGCAGCUCCCAAUGCUCUCGUUUUCUGCUGAAAACAACCAGAUUUCCGGUGAGUUACCACCGUGGCUCGGCAAAUGGGACCAAAUAAACUCACUUUUGCUGUCGGGUAAUCGGUUCUCUGGUCAGAUCCCACCGGAAAUCGGUAAUUGCUCACUGCUUAAUUUUAUUGGUUUAAGCAACAACUUGUUAACAGGUUCGAUUCCCAAAGAAAUAUGCAACGCUGUUUCGUUAACAGAGAUUGAUCUCGAGAGUAAUCUGCUUUCUGGUUCGAUUCAUGACACGUUUAUAGCUUGUAGCAAUUUGUCUCAGUUAUUGUUGUCGGAUAACCAGAUUAUCGGGUCCAUACCCGGUUACUUCUCGAAGCUUCCAUUGAUGGUUCUUGAUCUCGAUUCCAAUAACUUAACCGGUUCAAUUCCGGUGAGUUUAUGGAACUCAAUAAAUCUGUUGGAGUUUUCUGCUUCAAAUAACAUGAUAGAUGGUAAUCUCCCCAGAGACAUUGGGAAAUCUGUUAUAUUAGAAAGGUUGAUUCUUAACAACAAUCGACUCACCGGAAAUAUCCCGAAAGAAAUCGGAAUACUUGAUUCCCUUUCCGUUCUUAACCUAAAGUCCAAUCAAUUUACUGGUUCAAUUCCUGUCGAACUUGGGAAUUGUGUUUCUCUCACGACAUUAGACCUCGGUGAUAACAAACUCAACGGGUCAAUUCCGGCGGAAAUCUCCGGUUUACCUGAGUUGCAAUGCUUGAUUCUUUCAAACAAUGAUUUCUCCGGGUCAAUUCCGUCGUCAAGAAAGUCAAAGUAUUUCCGGCAAACCGGAAUCCCGGAUUCCAGUUACGUUCAGCACCAUGGCCUCUACGAUCUUUCCAACAAUAAAUUGACGGGUUUGAUUCCGGAUGAACUCGGGAAUUGUUCGGUUUUGGUGGAUCUUUUGCUCAAGGGCAACAUGCUUUCAGGGGAGAUACCGAAAUCUUUAGCCAAUCUUACGAAUCUCACCACCUUGGAUUUAUCCGGUAAUCUGUUUUCCGGCGGGAUUCCGGGGGAGUUGGGUGGUGCUUUGAAGUUGCAAGGGUUGUAUUUGGGGAAUAAUAAUCUCUCCGGUGGGAUACCGGAAAGUCUCGGUCAACUCAACAGCUUGGUCAAACUUAAUCUGACUGGAAACAACCUUUCCGGGUCAAUACCCGAAACGUUUAAAAACUUAAACGGAUUGACCCAUUUGGAUUUAAGCAAUAAUCUCCUCAAUGCCAAACUUCCUUCCACUCUCAUGGUGAAUCUAGUUGGUUUUUCGUGCAAGAAAACAGGAUUUCAGGUUUUUUAA